GUCGCCGCUGCUGCGACUUAAACUCCCUCCUCCAACCCCGACUCCACCAUGCCGGAACCCGUGUUCGUUGUACCAAUGAUGGAGAGUGAACAAAGUAGUUAUGAAAACAUUGCUCAUGGUGGUCAGAACAGAAAACCAAUGGAAGGGGUUUUCCACACCCCAUUAGAGGAGAGAGUUCGCCCUUAUAUUGAUCUGAUUGACUCUUUAAGGCUGAUUGGUAUUGAAAACGAUUUGGCUUUGCCAACUAUUGCUGUAAUUGGAGAUCAGAGUUCUGGUAAAAGCUCUGUGUUGGAAGCACUAUCUGGGGUGGCAUUGCCCAGAGGGAGUGGUAUUGUGACAAGAUGUCCACUGGAGCUCAAGUUGAGGAAGGUAAAAUUUGGUGUUCACUGGCAAGCCGUAAUAUCUUACAAAGAUAAGUGUGAUGAAUUCACUGACCCAUCAGAGGUUGAGGGAUUCGUUAAGAAAGCCCAGAAUGAUCUGGCUGGAGACGGAGUUGGAAUUUGUGAUGAUCUCAUCACUUUGGAGAUCACGGCCCCUGAUGUAUGUGACCUCACACUGAUUGACCUUCCUGGGAUUGCCCGAGUUCCUAUAAAAGAUCAACCUGAAAACAUUGGAGAGCAGAUCAAAAAUCUCAUUCUGAAAUAUAUAGAGAAGGAUCAAACAAUAAAUUUGGUCGUGGUCCCAUGUAACGUUGACAUAGCAACAACAGAAGCUCUAAAAAUGGCACAGGAAGUGGAUCCUGAAGGAAAAAGGACUCUGGCGAUUCUUACAAAGCCAGACCUUAUAGACAAGGGAACAGAAAAGAACAUCAUGGAUAUAAUCCGAAAUCAGGUCAUUCCUUUAAGCAAAGGCUAUGUCAUUGUUAAAUGUCGUAGCCAAAAGCAAAUUGAUGAUAAGAUCUCUCUGACUGAGGCCACUCGAGUAGAAAGGGAAUUCUUCAGACGUCAUGAAUACUUCAGUUGCCUGUUGAGUGAGGAGAGAGCAACGAUUCAGUGUCUUGCUACCAAACUGACCCAAGACCUGGUUGAUCACAUCAAAAAAUCAUUACCACUGAUCUCAGAGGAGCUCAAGAAGCAGCUGUGGAGCUUGAGAAAAGAUCUGAGUCAGUGUGAAGCUGGACCACCACUGGAUCCACAGAAGAGGAAGACCUUCUUUAUUGUGACCUUGACGGAAUUUAAUGAUAGGAUUAAUCGCUUGGCAUCUGGGGAAGUGAUCAACAAAGAUAACUUGUUUGUGGAGCUUCGGUCUGAAUUCAGAAAGUGGAAAGAGCAUCUUGACAACACAAAGGCAUCAUUUCACAAAACGGUCCAGGAAGUGGUGAAUGAAUAUGACCUGAAACACAGAGGACGAGAAUUGCCCGGCUUCAGUGACUACAAGGUGUUUGAGAUUGUGGUGCAGAACCUUGUGAGCCAGCUAACAGAACCAGCUAUUGACACACUCAGGGUCAUCAGAGACACCAUUCAGCAACAGUUUUCAGAUGUGUCCAAAACCUGCUUUCCCCACUAUGCUUACCUCCAGUCUGUUGCAUUGAACAAGAUAGACAACAUUCAGUCAAAGCAGGAAGCUAAGGUGAAGACGAGGAUCACGGAGCAGUUUGAGAUGGAGCAACUGGUCUAUACUCAAGACAGCAUCUAUUUCAAAACCUUGAAUGAGGUUCACUGUACUGAGGAACAGAAAGCUUCAGAAGACAACUUUGCUGGAUUUGAUAGCAGAACCAAAUAUCCUGAAAUGCUGCAGGCUUAUUAUGAGAUCGUGGUGCAGCGCUUGGCUGAUCAGGUGCCCAUGUUGAUCAGAUACUUCAUGCUGAGGGAAUCUGCUCAGCUGUUGUGCAGCGAGAUGUUGGGUUUAAUGGAUGGUGCCAACAUCGCUGAUGUCUUGCGUGAAGAGUCGAAUAUCGGCAGACAUCGCAUUGAGCUGCAGAACCGCAUGGAACGUCUUACCAUUGCUCAAGGGAAACUCAGCAACUUUAUUUGAAGCUACAGGGCUGCUGUAGAUCAGGGUUUUAUAUUGUUUUUUGAAGUUUAGCACCUGAUUAACCUUUCAAUUAAUAAAUUCUAAAUACUACAGAUCUGUUGGCUUGUAGUUCCACUG